GCCGGGCAUUUUGUAAAGUCAUUGAUUGUUGUUCUCAUCGUUUAAACAAAAAUGUUUAAUUCUAGUGGUGUUGCACCGCCUUUUUGGCAUAAUGGGCCUGCUCCCGGAACAUUUUAUAAUUUUCCUAACACUACAUCGGGCCCCAGCGAUUUUUCGCAACGUUCACAGGCUCCAGUGACAACAGCUACUUCAGUUGUGGCAAUUACAUAUGCCAAUGGUGUCAUUAUAAGUGGAGACACCUUAGGAUCAUAUGGGUCUUUGGCUCGCUUCAGGAACUGCCCGAGGGUAAUAAAAGUAAAUGAUAACAUUAUUUUGGGUGCAGGUGGCGAUUAUGGUGAUUUCCAAUAUGUUAAGGAUUUUAUAGAGCAAAAAAUUAUCAAUGAAGAAUGCAUGGAUGAUGACCUCAAGUUAAAACCAAAUUCACUGUAUUGCUGGUUAACUAGGAUUAUGUACAAUAGAAGAAGCAAAUUUGAUCCUUUCUGGAACAACUUUGUUGUGGGAGGAAUUCAGGAUGGUCAACCAUUUUUGGGUACUGUGGAUAAACUAGGUACAGCAUAUACUGACAAAGUUAUUUGUACUGGUUAUGGUGCACAUAUUGCUGUGCCUUUGUUGCGUGAUGCUGUUGACAAAAACCCACAACUUAGUAAAGAUGAAGCAAGAGCAUUAGUAGAAAAGUGCAUGGAAGUACUCUUCUACAGAGAUGCUAGGAGCUAUCCUAAAUACCAAAUGGCAAUCAUUGAUAAAACUGAUGGUAUAACUAUCGAAGACUCAUUAACUGUGAAACAAGAUUGGUCUGUGGCACAUAUGAUUAAUUAAGCAUUGAUUAAUUUAUAUUCUUUUUAUAAAAUAUUGAUUAUUUCACACUAUUAUUUACCAGAUGGAUUAAUGUAAAUUAUUGCUGUGGUUUAAUUAAUAAAUAAUUUCUUAAAAACUUACUAAAUUAAAA